AUGCGGGCCGGCGCCGCGCCAGUACUGUGGUGCGGUGUCUUGCAGAGCGCGCUGUCACAGGAGCUGCUCGACCCCAGGCCCUCGGAGCGGCCGCUGCCGCCGCGCGCUGCGGCUAUUGCAGCGGUCGUGCUCGCGGCGCUGGCUGACGUGGCGGACUGCGGCGGCCGCGAGGAGGGUCUGGGCGAGUGGCUGGCGCAGGCGGCGGAGGGGGCGGGCGCGUGGGUGCGCGGCGGCGGGUUCGGGGACGCGUCGGCGGUGGCGGCGGCGCUCGCGCGGCUGGGGGCGCCGCUGGAGGCGGGGCGCUGGGGCGAGGCGCUCGCCGCACGGGUCAUGGACUCAGCAUCGGAGCUGGAGCUGCAGCAGGCGGCGGCGCUCGCGCCGCUGCUGACCGACGCCGGCAUACCCUUACGCGGGGCCAUCAUCCAUCAUGUACCCCGGGAUCUUCGGGAUCCGGCUGCUGACAUCGGCAGGCUUUGGAGCGACGGCCCAGACACAGGCAGUCAGGACGGGGACGACGCGGGCGACGGUGAGUGGCUCACAGACCUGGGCGCCAGCGCCCCCGCAGCGCUGUGGCUAGCAGCGGACGUGCUCUGGAGCCGCGCGGCGGCUGCCGGUGGCGGCGGGCGGGCGGAGGAGCAGGCGGAGGGGUCGGAUGAGGGGGGCGCGGAGCGGGUGGCGCGGCUGCUGAGUCUCAUGGCGGAGACCGCGACGGGUGACGUCGGCGGCGGGGACGGGGCGCAGCUGCUCGCGGCGCGCGCAUCGCCGCGGCAGGCGGCGCGGCUGCUGGUGCUCGCCGCGCGCAGCCAGGGGGCGGCACCCGCCGCCGAGGCCGCAGGUAGCUUGUUGGCAGCCGUCACGGCGCGCGCUCAGGCCGCCGAGGGCGCGAACCUUGGCCCUGUGAGCGCGGGCCAGCUGCUGGCGGCGCUGACGGCGCUGCAACUGCCGCCGAGCGCGGCGUGGCUGUCGGAGUCUGCGCGUGAGGACGGCGGCGCAGCCCUGCUCUGCGUGGGCAGCCGCACAGGCGCCGCCCGGCCGAGUGUGGGCGAUGUGGCUUCCGCGUUCCUCGCGGUUGCCGCGGCUGGUGUGGCGGUCUCGCCGGCGGCUGCGGCGGCGGCGGCGGCGCGGCUCGCGGAGGGGCUGUCCAGCGGCGCUAUGGGGGGCGCGGGCGAGCCGUCAGCGCGCCUGCUGGAGGCCGCCUCGAUGCUGCAGAUAGACGGUGCCGCUGCUGCUGCAGGGCAGCAGCAGCAGCAGCAGCAGCAGCAGCAGCAGCAGCAGCAGCAGCAGCAGUCACGCGGCGGUCGAAAGCAGCAGGGGCAGCGGCAGCAACAGAAGCAGAAGCAGCAGGCAGACGCUGGCAGCGCCGAAGUGCGCCCGGCCGACAAGGCAUCCCUGCUUGCGCCUCUCCUAGACGCCGCGGCUGAGCGGCUGGCGGCGACGGGAGCUUCCGGGCAGCUGCCCGCCGCGGCCGCCGCCGACGCGCUCGGCGGGCUCGCCGGGUGCGGGUGGCGGCCGCAGGCCGACGCCGCCUCGGCGCAGGGCGGGGCGCUGCGCGGCCUCGUGGCGUGCCUGGAUCCCUCUCAGGGUGGCAGCGACGACGAGGGUCCGCUCGUGCCGGGCUUGGACGCGCGCCGCGCGCUGGGCGCGCUCUCGGCAGUCGAGGCGCUCGGGCGGGAGGCGUGCACGCCAGGCGCCCUCCUCGCGAUGGCGGCGCCCCUCUUGGCCGAGCUGCAGGGCGGGGCCCCGGCAGCAGGCGCGGCCCUGGGCCUGGAUGGUCCAGCUCUCACGGCAGCCUCAUUCGCCGCCGCCAACCUGGCGGCGUCAGUGCAGAAGCGUGCAGCCGGUGGCAGCGGGGACGCUGGAAGCGCAGAGGCCGCGGCGCGGGGGGCGUGGGCGCUGGCUGAGCGGGCGGCUCGGGCAGCGCUGGCGCCGGGGGUUGUGGAGGGCCUAGAUGCGGUGCAGCUGCAGCAGCUGGCUUGGUGCCUCGCGGGCGCGCGGGCCCAGACACGCCCGCACGCCGCCGGCGCGGCUGCGGCGCCCUCCACGCUGGCGAAGGAGGGGGAGUGCGCGCUGCAGGGGGCAGGGGCGGUGUCAGGAGACAGCGACAAGGACAGGGGCGACGCGGACCCGGCCUUCGAGCCGCUCUGCGCGGCGGUCGCGUCAGG